AUGUCUUGGGGAAGCGUUGAAGUAUACGAUUCAUAUCCUGCCGUCGCCCCUGCCAAGUAUGUGGGAACUCUUAAGGGCAAAGUUGCAGUGGUCACGGGGGCUUCCACUGGCAUCGGAAGAGCAAUCGCAAAAGCAUUCGUCGCUGCCGGAGCCUCAGUGGCCGCAAUCGCUCGACGCCAGCCUGAGCUCGAUUCGCUUGUCAAUGAGGUUCAUGCAGCGGCCAAUUCUAGCGGCCGCUUGAGCACCAUAGUUCCCAUCGUUGCCGAUCUCACAGCAAAUGACGCCGGUAAACGUAUUGUCACCGAAGUUGAGCAAGAUCUUGGACCUAUCGACAUUCUGAUCAACAACGCUGGCGGCCUUCACGUGGGACUGCUCGGCGAAGAAGAGGACGCAGACUCAGAUCUAUGGUGGAAAUCCUACCAAAUAAAUCUUGGGGCGCCACUUGCUCUGAUCAGUGCUGUGCUUCCAUCGAUGCGUCGACGGAAAACUGGUGUGAUUCUCAAUACAAGUGCUGCUGGGGUGACACUGUGUGCCCCUGCUCUGUCAGCCCAGUGUGCAUCCAAGGCUGCACUUAGCAAGUUGACAGAGGUGCUGGCAGCAGACAUGCAGUUUGCUGGAUGUCCAGACAUCCUGGCAUUUGCUGUCAACCCUGGCACCGUUAAAACCGAAGGAUGUACGUAUGUCUUGGAUCCAAAUAAGAAGUACGCUGACUCGAUCAUGACAAUCACAGUGGAGAAGGGCAUCAGUCACCCGGUCAUGCAAACCAUGAUGUCGUCUUUACCUGGCGACAUCAAGAUGAAAUCCUCAGAGCUGUGUGCAGACGUUAUGGUUGCUCUCGCUGCAGAUCCUGCGUAUCGUGUGCUCAACGGCUUACAUCUGAAUGCCUCUGAGCCACUUCCCUUGGUCCUGGAGGAAGCUCAAAAGGAGGGAAAAGGCAGAAUCGGCGCUGAGAGGCUGUACACGGUCAAGGUCGAUACUCUGAACUUCUGCAUGUAA